AUGGCUUGCAUGAUCGAAUUGCUCUAUGAGUCUGUUGGAAUUGGGAAUCCUGAACCAGUCUAUAUCGACUUUUGUGCUGUAGUUAUUCGGAUCCUUUGGGAAAUGGCGAUGGAAAGCGGUGGUUACUUUGAUUAUUUUGACUUUAGGGGCCGUUUGAAUAAACUUAAGCUUAAUCUAUUUGACUUUUAUCUCGACCUUACUAACACAGAUAUAAGUGACUACUUUAUUAACGACGAUGUCACUAUCUUGGACUUGUCAUACCCUUUCGUCAAUCAAAAUACUACUUAUAUUCUAUUCCAUAUCGCUAUUGACUUGUUCCUCUACACUCACCUUUCCCGAGGAAAGAUGAUUUAUAUAAUCGAUAUAUUCACUACAAAAAUAUUUACCAAGACUUUCCUAACUAUUAUCCGCCAGCAACAACACUUAAGAACCAAUAGUACUAGAAAAGGUCUCUCUCAAGUUGCUAGGCUUCAAACUAAUAAAACGAUUAUAUUCGCUUCAUCGGCGCAUCUCGUUGAAGAGGAUAACAACAUUAUAAAUACACAGUAUAAAAUAUUCAAAGUAAUAAUUAGGAAAAGAAUUAUAUGGGAUGGUGGACAGAGUAUUAUUUGCAUUUACUAG